AUGGCUGGAGUUUCUGGAUUGGCAACCAACGGGGAAGCAUGGCAUGCGGAGCACAAUCUACAUGAGAGACCAUCAGCGUAUGUCAAGAGGCUAAAAGCGUCUGGAGAGGGACUAUGCAUUGGUCCUUCCACCUACAUAUUUAUUAAAAGGGCCUCUACAAACCUCAGUCCACAAUCGACUUCCUUUACAGAUGUGGCAACGGCAUCCCCGAUUCAUAUCUUAAUUUACAACUGCCCCGGCGGUGCUUCGGAUAUAGACAUAGAUUCCGAUACAAUCAUCGAACUGUCAAAGCACCCAAAUAUAGUCGGCUGCAAGCUUACCUGUGGCAAUACAGGAAAAGCUCAAGCUUGUGAUGAGAUCAUUGAGCUUUACAAGACUGGAGAAUUCACUGAAGCCCAAAAGCUACAAGCGAUUGUAGCUCAAGGGGAUUGGAUAUCAAUUCAAGAAGGCGUGGUUGGUACGAAAAGCGGCCUGCUAUCCUACUUUGGAUACGGUGGGUGUGGGCGCAAGCCCCUUCCGAGCAUGACAAAACAGGAGGCCUUCAAAUACUCCGAGGGUUUUAAGGAGCUGGUAACUGUCGAGAAGGCUCGUUGA